CUUUCUCUUCUUGCAUACUGGAACUUCGAACGUCAACAAGACCGUAGAUGACACUGGAUGAGACUCCCGGCUCCCAUAUACUUCAGGUUACGACCCGACUCUACGUCUUUUCGAUGAAUCUGUCGAACAAAAGAGAUGAGACAUGCAGCGAGAACAAAGAAGAGUCCGGAGCAGAAACGGACGUGACCUCGAGGGAUAUAUAGCGUUCGACUACUUCGAGAGGAAGAGAUAUCUACAUCGACACUCGUGUGAAGUCUCGUCAGACUCCACGUAGCUAACAGAAACGAUCUCAGUUGUCAACGAUGAGCGAAUUCAAAACCACAACCACCUCGAGCCACGUCGUUCGACCUUCUCCUGGCGACCCGAACUGGCCUAAAGAGAUCAAAGAUGUCCCGCUCUCGAUCCUUGACAAUACUUGUGCCAAGUUCGCCAGAUCAUGUGCGACCUGGAUCUUCAACCCGCCCUCCGACCCCUCCCAUUUCUCCUCAUCGAACCUCCUCGCCUCUUUCCGCCAAGUAACCUCUCUCUACUCCUUCUGGGCCGGUCAGCUACACUGGACGGGCUACGACCCGAGCAAGGGGUACCAGUAUCGUUCUGGUCGUCUCGCUUUGACGUACGGCGGGGAUGACGUUGAUAUUGAAGAAUACCCUGGAUUUCCUAUCGAGUUCGUCGAGACCGAGACUAGGCUCUCUUCCAUCUUGCCUUGCGCAACCCAAACUCAAGCAACCUGGGCGAUCGACGAACAAUUCCCCUCUCCCCACCUCAUCCCCUCACAAGAAGUAGCUUUACAAGACUCUUACACCCUCCUCGGACUACCUAACCUGGCCGUCCAAGUGACCAAGUUCGCCUGUGGAGCUGUUGGGGUGGGGGUGAAGAUGACGCAUUCUCUGGCGGAUGCGACGACGUUGGUCGGGUUUAUGCACGAUUGGGCGAAGGUCCAUUCAUCUUUGACUUUGAAGGGCAAGAACGGGGAUGAUGCAGGAACAGGAGAGAAGCAGGGAGAUACGAUCCCGGAAGUGUCCUUCGACCCUUCGCUACUCGAUUCCAAAGCCUCCGGAAACCUCUCCUCUCCAACCGGACCCGACGCAUCCAUCCUCUCCCUCUCCCGCUCUCUUCCUUUACAUCGAUACGACUGGCUCAACUCUAGCGGCGGAGAUUGUCCACCCUGGUUCGAACCCAUCACCGCCUGUCCUCCCGGCGUAAACUUGUCCGACGACCAUGAUCAGGCGAGGGGAGAGAGGAUGCCUUGGGGUGAAUGGGACGUGUUGAAACCGGUCAGACAUACCAUCUUUCGGUUCAGCGCGGAAGAGGUGAUUGGGAUUUGGAAGGCCGCCACCGACGCUACCACCACCACCAAUGCAACAGAUGGCCAGGAGGAACAACAAGAAGCUCAGCCCGUGAAGUUGAGCCGGCUGGACACGCUCCUCGCUCACAUCUGGAGAGCGGUCAUGCGAGCCAACCAGAUCCAGCCGGACGAACAGUCGUUCUUGGACAUGACCUUCGGCCUUCGAACCCGGCUCGACCUCCCCGCCCGUUUCCUCGGCUCACCUCUCCGCCAGAUCGCCGUCCCCGGCAACCCCUCCCUCUCCAGCUCUUACUUAUCCCGGUCAAUCCGGUCGAUCCUCCAACGGCUGGACGACAAAAAAGCUUGUUCCGCGUUGUUGCACGACCUGGCUUACGAUACCACGGGUCAAAACAUCUGGGCGACUUUCCUCGGACGACGACACUUGUUGUGCACCUCUUGGACCCGUUUAGGGGUGUACGACGUGGACUUCGGGUGUGGUAGCAAGCCCGAGUACGUCGAUGCGUUCAUGCCAGCUUCGGAUGGGUUGUUGCAGAUCAUGGAGGCCAGGCCCUCUUCCACGACAGCCGGAACGGUAUGCGGAAAGGGAGCCGAGGAGGGACAAGGAGGAUCGCCUUGGUGGAAGGACGGGGCGAGCGUCUCGUUGCACUUGGCAGAAGAGACGAUGGCGAGGUUGAUAGCGGACGAGGCGUUCCGGGAGUUUGCUUGAGCGAGUCAUCCCUCGGUUGUGUAGAAUCAAGAAGAAUCGAUGGUAUGCCCAUUUUACGAGGAAAAGCGCGAAAAGCCGCUACGGACGAUGGCGACGAUUGUCAUACUAGCAGGAGCUUCUCCAUCGUCAUGCUAUCACGUCGACCAAGUCAUGCAUGUCGCCCGCUUGACGUCUGUUCACGAAUCGCGAGAGCAUUCUCACCGUUUUUAUGCUACGGUAGAUCUUGGCAACUUGGUUAUCAUGCGCUCACCAUCGCUGGCCAAAUGUCGCAGCCUUGUUGCUAUCGUCGCAUUACGGUCAUGUGUGCUGCUCGCAGUGAUUUCUUGUAAAAGUCCGGGCAGUGGGCU